AUGGCCACUGUGCAGCUGCUUAUCUGCAAACGCUUGGACGCUCUGGGCCUCAGUUUCCCCACGAGUUCAGUGGGAAGCACACACCUUCCCACUCCGUAUCUGGCGAACCACUACCUUCUCAUUGACACCCAGGGUGUCCCCUACACUGUGCUGGUGGACGAGGAGUCACAGAGGGAGCCCGGGGCCGAUGGGGCUUCAGGCCAGAAAAAGUGCUACAGCUGCCCGGUGUGCUCGAGGGUGUUUGAGUACAUGUCCUACCUUCAGCGACACAGCAUCACCCACUCGGAGGUGAAGCCCUUCGAGUGUGACACAUGCGGGAAGGCGUUCAAGCGGGCCAGUCACCUGGCGCGGCACCACUCUAUCCACAGGGCAGGGGGCGGGCGGCCCCACGGAUGCCCGCUGUGCCCGCGCCGCUUCAGGGAUGCGAGCGAGUUGGCCCAGCACAGCCGCGUGCACUCUGGGGAGCGCCCGUUCCAGUGCCCACACUGCCCGCGCCGCUUUAUGGAGCAGAACACGCUGCAGAAGCACACGCGGUGGAAGCAUCCCUGAGCCAGUUGGGGCCAGGGUCCCCCAAAGCUGGCCCUAGAGGCGCGCGCGCGAACACACACUGGCCUGCUCUUGCUGUGAGCUCUGCCAGAGAGAAGAGCCUUAGGCUUCGGCUGAGUUAACAGAACGGAGUUCUCUGGCCUCAGAGACUUGGGACAUUCACGGUGGAGCCCUGGUCGUGGAGCAGACCUGUGUGUGGAAGCCUCUGCCUCAGCCAAGUGGCUGGGGCCCUCAGGAGCCCUUUUCAUGCACACAGGCCUGAAUAGGCGCGGAGCACUUUGGUUUUGGUGACAGUGUCGCUGACGUCUGUGUUCAGCGCUUAGUAGGAAGAGCUCAGCUGGCCUGCGGGGUGUGGGAAGGUGGCUGGCCCCACCUGUCACCCCGGAAGUGUCUUAAAACUUAAAAAAAAACAAUCCACUGUAACAUACAUAUUUUCUAUGACAACCGGUAUAUAGAUACAUAAAAUGUAUGCCAAAUUUAACAGUAGUUUCAAGGCACCCCGAUUUUUUGACCAUAAUUUUUAAACAGAGUCCAUCCUGCUACAUUAAAUUCUCUGUCUAUGAACCUGUAGUUUGAAGAACACUGAUCUAGGGCACGUGGCCCUUGGACUUUCUGAUUCAGGCUGUAAUUUACCUGAAGAGCCAACUCGGGGGGGGGCGCACACUCAGACUGUGCUCCCCAGGACCGUUGCGGCAGAUGGACGGAGAGACCGGUGGCGCUGAGCCUCAAGCUUAAUAAACAUUGGCUUUCUGGAUGCCUUUUCG